AUGAUUGGGAUGUUUGUGCUCGUGGAAGUUGAUUCAUUCUAAUUCUCCCAAAAUUAUCCAAUAAACUUGUGUUUUUUAAUUACUCCAAAAUGGAGCAAGUCCCGGAGGACACACCAGCCGACUCUGGGGAUAAAUCAGAUGCUCCAGUUGAUAUGGAAAACAAUUCUCCAGCUUCAACUAGUGAAGCUGCAACAGUUCAUCCUGAUGAAGCACCUUCUAGUGGACAUGAUGAUGAUAAAGAUGAGGUCAUGCCUGACAAGCCCCGAAAUGGAAAACGAUCGCGAGUAAUUUUUAACAGUGACUCCGAGGAUGAACCUCUUGAAAAAAUGGGAAAUGGUAGCAAAGAUGAUGACAGCGACGACGAUACCUUGGGCAGGGUCAAAAGGGCGAAGAGUGGAUUCUCCAAGGUUAGGGUAGAGAGUGAUUCUGAUUCAGAUCAUCAUGUCCAGGGGGAGGAUAAUACAACUCCAGUGACAGAACAACUGAACCACAAAUCAACGAAGAUAUCGAGUUUAAUCGACUCUGAGUCAGAAGAAGAAUCUCCCCGCCCUGACUGUAACGAGGAAGAGCCCCCUCGCCGCAAUUCCAGUCCAAAAAAGUCGAAAAAUGUCAAAAAACCAAUAAACCAGUCAAAGCGGGCAGCAAAAGACGACGCCCUAAACAGGAUCAGAAGUGAAACCCAGCGUUUAAUCCGAGAGUCGUCAGUCUGUCUUCCUUACCACAGACCCAAGCAGCGAACUUUGGACGACUUCCUGAGUCGAAAGAAAAUUUCGGCAGCUCUUCCUAAAGCCACCACAACAGCUAGUAGAUUAAAAAUCUCAGCUUCCAUAGUAAAUCAAGUGCUGAAAGAGAAGGAGAAAGAAGCUGAGAUUUUUUACAAAUCAUCAGACUCCGAGGAAGACCUAGAUGACCAGGAGGAACUCCCCCCACCACCAGAACCAGAGAAACAAUCGAUUGAGGAAACUCAGAAACUCCAGAAGGUGGACGUCCACAACAGACAGCAAAUCAUUCAUAAUGGAUCCCUAGAGUUUGGAGUUCCAAGGAAAUUAUUCAUGGAAGGAGCAUCUCCAGGUCCUCCAGGUGACACGCUGGAAGAGAGGACAGAUGAGGAGGGGAAUCUUCCCCAGAAGGAGUUCAAACGAGGGCUGAAGGAGGCCAGCGUCCCCCGAAAGUUGUUUGAUGAUGGUUUUGACGAAGGCGCAGGCACGCCUUCAGAAAAUAAACAUGUAUUGGAUUUAGAGUCUCGAGUUGGUUUGACAAUUCCUGGAGAAUCUCCCGAGGACAUCCUUGGAGCUUCAGAGAGUCCAGGGGAGCCGGCAGAGACACUUGAGGGAUCUCUGGAGCCCCUGAAAGAGAUAACUUGUGAAGAAAAUGGAAAAUCAGAAGACUUUGCUAUCUCAGAGACUCCUCUGGUACCCAACAAGGAGUUUAUGAAAAUCAAUGUCAGGCAUUGUCCUCUGAAGAAGCCUGAGGAUGUUGGUAAAUCUAUGGAAGACAAGGAGGUAGAGGAAGAUACCGAGAGAAAUGAUAGUCAUGAUCACGGGCCUUCCCUUCAAAAGAGCAGUGCCGAGGAGGAGAGGAAUGAUUUCGUGACCCCUCAAAUGCCAAUAACCAUUCUAGCCCCACCCCCAGCUCCUCAGAUCAUCAAGAAAGCUGUUCUGCUGAACGCAACAAAGGAGCCCAAGCUCAGGGGAAAUCCAGGAAUGAUGAUUGACUUGACGCAUGUAUCGAGACCAGAUAAAGCAGCUGUUGACAGUCUAGUCGAUAGAUUUUUCACGAAGCACGCAGCAGUUGCCAAGAAUGAGGAUAAAGAUUCUGAGGUGACCAUUCUGAAUACAGAGGUGACUCCCAGUGGUUUGAAGAUCAUCAGGGACACGUUGUCGUAUAAAACGAAAGGAGACAGGUAUGAGGACAGUGAGUUGAACAAACCAGGAGCUAAAUUAUUGAGGCUGAAGGAGGAGUUGGAGAAGAAGAUGGCGGUUAAGAGGAAUGAGGAGUGGAAGUUGAGGGAGAGGGAGGUGGAGGCCUUGGAGGAUGAUGAAGAGGAGGACGACGAUGAGGAGAAGGUAAUGACGGUUGAUGAUGAGGAGGAAGGGGAAAGUGAACCUGAGGAGGAUGACGUUCUCGUUGAGGACAAGGAGAGGAAGAGGAGUGCAUUCGAGGAUGAUGAGGCAGAAGUUAGUGGCGAUGAUGAUAUUAGUGAUGAUGAGAAUGAAGAUCAGAGUGAUGAAAAUGGAGAGGAUGAAGAGGCUGAUGAUGAAAAUGAAGAGGAACAGGAAGACGAGGCUGAAAAAGAAGACGAAGAGGGAGAUGAAUUAAACAAAUCGAAGAAGUUUAGCAGAAUAAUUCAGUUGGAGGAUGAUUCUGACGAGGAAAACGAUGAUGCCAGUUCUUCCAAGAAGCCUUUCGAAAGGACGAAUACAGAUGUAGAUAUUUUUGCUGAUGAAGAGGAGGUUAACUCCACGCAGGCCAGUCAAACCUGCAAGACCCCAUCAGCGAUGAAAAAACCACUGUCUUUGGGCUCUCCUUUAUCGGAGUUCAGUCAGUUGACUUCGCAGUCUGCUUCAGCAUCGAAAAAUCUCUUCUCAAACACUCAGACAUCAGAUUUUUCCCCUCUCAUCACCCUGACUAGCCCAAAGCCAUUGUCUCUGACUGGUGAAUUGGAGUCUGUGAAGAAUAAACUAUUCGAACAGGAUACGAGUCCAGUUAACGAUGCGGAUCUGUUCGACUUGUGCUCUGGGAGAUUCCCAGACGACGACGUCAAUACUCAGAGCAGUACGAAACCCAAUUUGAAGGGACUGAUGGACCCCGUGUCAUCAGAAAAGGUGACGGACAGUCAGUUGAUAGGACUGUGUUCUGGGACUUUUGCAACUCAGCCUGAAGUCCCAGAUAACGAUCGACAAGACCCUGACGACGAUUUGAGACUGACGUUUGAUGAUGAACCGGUAAAAAUUCCCGAACCUAAUGCAUUAGAUGAAGAGGUCCCUAGGAAUCCCCUAGACAUCGCCUCGUCCUCAGAAGAUGAGGAGAACACGGCCCCCCACGACAGGAAGAACAUGAAUGAUGGGAAAAAAAAGAAAGUUAAUAAACUGGUGCUGUCUGACGACGAAGAUGAGUUUGACAAGGAGAAAUAUUCCUCUGAUGAAUCUGAACUUGAAGGCGAGCCCGAAGACGAGAAAUUCGUGGAUUAUGAUUCGGAGGAGAAUGAAGUGAUGAUUGUUCCGAAGAAGGACAUCAAGAAAGUCGCUGCUAAUUAUCUAGAGGCAGAAGCUGAAUUGAGUGAGAGUGAGUGGGGUUCUGAGGACGAGGACGAGAGGGAUCUGGACACGUAUGAAGCGGAAGAGGCUGAUACUGAGGAAAUCGACGAGACCCUGGUGAGGAACCAGAUUGGGAAGAUCCAUGCUAGGCAGGUGAUGGACGAGGACAAAAGGGACGUGAGGAUGCUGAAGGAGAUGUUAUUCGACGAUGGAGAUCUACAUGAGGAUGGCCAGGGGCGUGAGAGGAAGUUCAGGUGGAAGAAUAUAGAUAAGAUUGGAUUGGAGGACGCACCGACGAAUGAAGAGGAUGCGGGAGAGGAGGAGAUUCACGAGGGGGAUAAUGAGCUGGAGUGGAGGAAGCUGAGGUUGGAGAGGCAGAAAUUCCUGGAGGAGAAAAGCAGGGAGGAGGGUGACAGCGAACUGGGAGGGGGACAGCUUUUUUCACUUGGUCUGAGGGCCUUGAAGAGGAAUCACACUAGUGUCCUGGAGGCAGCGAGCAGGACAGAGAUCGUGAGGAAGACGAUUGUUCCGAGAUCUGCUUCAGAGUUGAUGCAGUGUAGUUUAAAGGCCUCGAGAAUUGUGAAUACCGCGGCGAAGAGGGGAUCCUUCCUGUCGAGGGGUGAUGAGGUACUCGCAAGACUUGCUGUAAUGACCAAACAAGCUGAUGUCGUUGGGCUGGCACCCAAGAAAGGGGCAAAUUUUGUUUUUAGUCAUUUGAGCCCAUCGGUGAAUGGGGAGACUGAAGAAGGGGAUGGUGACGAUGACGAGGGGAGGGAGAAGGGGAAACUGGCGAGGAAGAGGAAGCUUCCGGCGGGAAUUACUCCGAAGGCGACGAAGAAGUCAAAAGUUGAAAUGGAACGUUCAUCUGGGAAGAAAUUAUUUUAAAUGGAAAAGUAUUCGAUUAGAAAUUCACCACAUUUAUUUAAUUCAUUGAAAGGGUUCAUGUGUAAAUUAAAGAUCUCUUUGUAAAUAGUCUUUUUAUAAUGCUUGUUGUAAAUUUAAAUAAAUUGACGAAAGAUCUGCGUUAAAAAUUAUUUUAAAAA